CCACCCUGUAACCUUUCUUGCAACCUUUGACCAACACCACAAUACUUCUGUUGACUGCAACGACAAGCGCCAGACUUGAGACGACAUUUCCUUUUACUGCAGAACGAACCCUAACGAUUCUCCAGUAAACUUCACCGAACUCAGUCAUCAUGGUCUCCGAAGACCGCCAAAGAGUCAUUGAGACCAACCGGUCUCUGCGCAACAUCAAGAAUGAACUCGAAUCCCUCCUCGAAAAAGGUGUAAUCACCGACGAAGCCUACGACACCAUCUCGAGCCUCCUCCCCGCCGAGUCGUCGUUCAACUCGCGGUCUACCCCCGCCCCUCGCACCAAUCCCUCCUCCCUUCCCACUCCAGCUGCUACCCCCUCCGCCGCUGUCCCUCCCACAGCAGCAAUGGCAGCCCUCUCAGUAGGCGGCAACCCCAACCCUCCCCCUUCAUACGCCCAGUCUACCGGCCCCCCUGCCCUCCCGGGUCGGAACCCUCCCCCUGCUAGUGCCCCGACCAAACCGAUCAUCGCCCACGCGAGAGCGCUUUACAAGUACAAUGCCGCCGACGCGAGAGACUGUAGCUUCGACAAGGACGAUAGGGUUGCUGUGUUUGAGUAUAUGAAUGCGGAUUGGUGGAUGGGGAGGAAUCAGCGGACGGGGCAGGAGGGGAUUUUCCCACGGUCUUACGUUGUGGUGGAGGACGAAAAGGCUGCUCAACCUGCGGCGGUUCUUUAUCCUCCCCAACAGCCGGUCUAUGGUCAGCCUGCUCCGGGGGCGUAUGGAGGGGGUUAUCCGGGUGCGCCACCGCCCGGGCAGCCGUAUCAGCCGCAUGAUCAGGGGCAGCAACAGCAGGGAGAAGAAGGGGGGAGUAAGAUGGGUGAGCAUGGGAAGAAGUUUGGGAAGAAAUUGGGCAAUGCGGCGAUUUUUGGAGCGGGUGCGACGAUCGGUUCCAAUAUUGUGAACUCUAUCUUUUAAGGGGUGGGAUUGGAGAUGGAUGGGUCUCAAUGGACAAGAGACUGCGAAGGGGAAAGGAUGUAUCUUUCUUGACUUUCACUUAUCGCCUUUAUACCUGAAGCCUUUUUUUUUCCUAUUUUCUUUUUGCGUCUUUGGGACUCUUCAUCAUAUCAUGUUAAGCCACGUCAUGUUCAGAGUAGGGUUUGGGAGUUUGGCGAUUCAUGUUGAUUUCUUACGCUAGGUUGGGAUAAUCUAUCUUUUAUUUUGUGAGAGAUGCGGGAGUGGUAUUGGUUGAAUGUUGCUAGACAUGGAAAAACCAGAUAAAACAGUAUUCAAAGGUUAUGGUUCCUAAGUGGGAUAGAUCGUUGCCGGGAGAAGUGUGAGAAUAUGUCUGUAAGGAAGUACUGAUAUGAUGGUUUGCCAACUUGGUAGUGA